AGUGUAGUUCGCUGCUUUACCGUGUUCGGUUGGAAGUGGAGAUUAAUCAAAGUUAACAGAAAAUAUUGAAACACGUCUGGAAGCGUACGAUUAUAAUUUAAAUUGAAUGUGAACAUUUAUAAAUAUUUCGUAUAUUAAUUAAAACAACUCAGCCGUGAUUAAAGCGAACACUUGGAUUAUCGCUCACGGUGCAAACCAAAAAGUUGUUAUAAACAAAUAAACUAAAAUCUGAAGUGUGAACAGAAACUUAAUUAAUAACAAGAACUUUAAUACUUUAAAAACUGUGUAAACAAAACAUCACAUCGAACUAUAAUUUAUCAGGAAUACAACUUAAGUGAAAUUUAAACCUAAAGAUUAUGGAAAUUUAACACAACUGCGUGUGCUUUACUUCCGUUUCCCGUCCCUUAGCAGAUAAAAUUCAACCUAUUACAACAGAACCGAAAUACCUCAAGAUCACACCAAAAUGCAUCAACUUUUCGUCAUUUGCUUCGCAAUUUUGCUCAUAAGCGGGGCAAGUAGUUUGGCUAACUGCCCAUCUGGUUGCCAGUGUGAUGAUAAUACUCUAGUGGUACAGUGUGGAGAAGGUCAACUAGAUGUGCUGCCAAUCGCUCUGAAUCCUUCAAUUCAACGAUUGGUCAUCAAAAGCAACAAAAUUAAGACAAUUGACUCAUCCAUACAAUUUUAUGCAGAGCUCACAUUCCUCGAUUUGUCCUCAAAUCAUUUGAUGACCAUUCCACAACGUACAUUUGCAUAUCAGAAAAAACUGCAGGAACUGCAUUUGAAUCACAACAAAAUUGGGCAAAUAAGCAACAAAACGUUUAUUGGACUCUCCGCAGUCACCGUUCUAAAUUUGCGGGGCAAUCUUAUUUCUGAGUUACAUCAAGGCACAUUUUCGCCACUGGCAAAAAUUGAGGAAAUAAAUUUAGGCGAAAACCGUAUCGGCUAUAUUGAUCCCAAAUCAUUCGAUGGCUUGACUCAGCUACGUAUAUUAUACAUGGAUGAUAAUGCGCUCACAUCAGUACCGGAUCCAGUAAUUUUUCAAGCAAUGCCGAACUUAGCUGAAUUGUAUCUUGGUAUGAAUACUUUGUUAUCAAUACCAUCUGCAGCGUUUGCAGACAUUAAAAGUCUGACACGUUUACAUUUGAAAGGUGCAGGUUUGCAAAAUAUAACACACGACUCAUUCAAGGGCUUGGAAGCUGUACGCGUCCUAGAUCUAUCUGAUAAUCGUUUGUCACGCAUACCGACUUUGAGCCUCAGUCAUUUAGUACGUUUGGAAGAAUUAUCGUUAGGUCAAAAUGAUUUCGAAAUUAUUACUGAAGGUGCAUUUGUUGGUUUGAAACAGUUAAAACGCUUGGAUAUCAGUGGUGCAAUACGUUUGAAGCGUGUUAUGAAUGGCGCCUUUGGCACUAACACCAACCUCGAAUACUUAAAUUUGUCUUCUAAUAAAAUGCUAGUUGAAGUACAAGAAGGUGCAUUAAGUGGAUUACCCCAUUUGCGACAUGUUGUGUUAAAAGCUAAUGGCUUAACUACUUUAGCUGAAGGUCUCUUUCCGUGGAAGGACUUGAUAACACUUGACUUAUCUGAAAACCCCUUUGCUUGCGACUGCCGAGUAAUGUGGCUGCGUAACUUACUGCUAGCGAAGAAUGGUACAAGUGAUGUAGUAUCUGAAGUGUUAUGCGAGUUUCCUGAACGCCUCCGCGGUGAUGCGUUAAAAAAUCUCAACCCAAUAUUGAUGGGCUGUUCACAAACUGAUCCCCGUAAACAAGCACUUAUAGGAGCUUUACUCGUUGGUUCUGCUGCAACGAUUACCGCUCUAGCGCUCAUUAUUUAUCGUUGCCGUAGGAAAAUUCGUGAAUACCUUAAGGGUGGUAUUUGGGGUAAUUCAGCCUUAGGACGUAAGGAACGCGAAUAUCAAAAGACAUUUUGUGAUGAGGAUUAUAUGACACGUCAUCAGCACCAUCCUUGCAGUCUUGGUAUACAUUCUACAUUUCCCAAUGCUUACACAUCUCAUCAAGGCACGACCCACCAUUACGGCAUGUGCUCCAUGAAGAUAAAUGACAUAAAUGCUGACAAUCAAAAGAAUUUCCAACAACUGCAGGUACCAACAGCAACUAUUUUAAAUGAGAAGAAGCAUAUGAAAUCGACUGCUAGCAUAGAUGAUAGCGCGUCAUUUGUUAUGCACAUGAAGACUGGUUCUAAUCUGACAGUACAAAAGCUUAAUCAUUACACCAAACCUCAAUUCAUGUCAUCCACAGCUGCAGUUGGAGACUCUUGUUACUCCUACGCCGAUGUACCAUUAGUCCACUCAGUUGCGGGAAAUGAGCAGCGCCAAACACAAUUACGCUUAACCCAAGAUCACUUCAAUCAACAGUUGCGUUACGAUAGCACACAGGAUUACAACAAAGAAAUUAACAACGAUGUCUUGGACUCAAAUUACAUCUACGGUAAUACACACUACUCUAUGCCACUGGAGCAAGCAAUGCGGUCGAAAACGCCAACACCACCACCACUACCACCGGCUCUGCCAUUGCGUAAUGGUCUACACAACACCACUGGCCGACAUUCCUUCCAAGCCGUGCAGAACAAAAAUAACAACAACAAAAACCAUAACACAAUGCGCAACUUUCAUUGAUCGAUGCCACAAAAUUGGCGUAUCGGCGAAGACGUCUUCUUCGAUUGCCACCUUGAACUGAGUUUAUAUGCUUAGUGGUUAACUGUGAUGCCUGAUUAAACAUAUUUAAGGACUUUUAUUAAAUAAGUUAUGCACAAUUAAAUUAAGCCAAGAUACAAACAAACCAAUCUAAAGACAAUUUAGCAUAAGCCAAAUCCAUUGAUAUAGAUCUAAGCUAGCGUUACUUCAUAAACUAUUAAUUUUGUAAAAAAACUAAAAACUAAAAGAUACAAGCACGGAACUCGCACACAACAGUAUUGAGAUGAACUUGCAUUCAUCGAACUUUGACCCAAACCCACAAUUCAUUUGUACUAAUAUUAUCCAAUAGUUGUAAUUUAUCAAGGUACAACAAUGUAUAUAGCUAUAUCAUCAAUAGGAAAUAGGAUGAACGAAUAUUUAGAAAGGAUCUCGAUUUAUGUAUUUAUUUCACGACUGCAAACAACUGAAGAACUGAAGUCAUUCGCUUAAUUAAAUCGAAUAAUUUA